AUGGUGGGCCUCCACCUCUACCUCUGGCGCUAUCACUACAGGCAGCGCCGCCGCCUCCAAGAGUUCGAGCUGAGCCCCGGCCCUAUACCCCGCCACGUCAUGCUGUCCUCGGACGACGAAUACGGCCGCCUCGAUGCGGCCGUGGUGAGAUCGCUCCCGGUCUCCGUGUACCCCGCGGACCGGGAGCCCGCGAAGUGCACCUUGUGCCUGUUGGAAAUCGUGGAGAAUGAAGUGGUGCGGCUGCUGCCCAACUGCCAACACUGCUUUCAUAUGGACUGCGUCGACAAGUGGUUCCUGUCGCACUCCACCUGCCCGCUCUGCCACUCGCCGGUGGACGCCUCGGCGCAGAAGGAUUUGGAGAGUGGCAUCGUUUAG